AUGGCACUUGGAAAAAAGGAGGCAUGUUUAGCUCGACGACUGGAGUUAUAUAAGCUAAAGGCAGCAGAAAAAAAGGAGGCAUGUUUAGCUCAACAACGAGCAACCAAAGCUACUUCAGUUAAUCCAUCAUCCUUUGAAGUUAGCACUUCUUUCGCAAAGCAGGCUUCCUCCGUUGUAAGACGGUCACUGCUUCUUGGUGAAACAGAAUUCCAAAAAAAGGGACUCCCACAUGCUCAUUUUCUCAUUAUAUUAGAGAAGAAAUACAGGUUAUUGACUCCUGAAGCAUAUGACAAAUAUGUUUGUGCUGAAUUACCAGAUUCUGAUACCAACCCUGAAUUAUAUGCACUUGUUACAAAACAUAUGAUUCACGGUCCUUGUGGUGCAUUAAAUCCAGCAAGUAUGUGUACUAGAAAGAAAGGUUACUGUAAAUUCAAGUAUCCAAAAGAGUUUGCUGAACAAACAAGCAAAGGAAAAUUUUCAUAUCCAAUUCAUAGAAGACGAAACACUGGAAAAACUGUAAAAAUUAGAGAACAUCUAAUUGAUAAUUCAUGGGUUGUUCCUUAUAAUCCAUCUUUACUUUGUAAAUUUAGCUGUCAUAUAAAUGUAGAGAUUUGUUCAGAUAUAAAAGUUAUUAAAUACAUUUAUAAGUAUAUUUGCAAAGGACAUGAUAAAAUUGCAUUUCAUGUAUAUUCAAAUGAUACAAAUAUAGAAAUAGAUGAAAUAAAAGAAUAUCAAUCUGCUAGAUGGGUAUCACCACCAGAAGCUACAUGGCGUAUAUUUGCUUUUCAUAUCAGUGAAAUGAUUCCAAGUGUAUAUCACCUUCAACUACAUCUAGAAGGACAGCAAUUUGUUUCCUUCAAAAGUACUGAUACCAUUACUAAAAUUCUAAAUAAUCCUACAAUUGGAAAAACAAUGUUGACAGAAUUCUUUUUGAUGAAUGCUGAAGAUGAAGAUGCUAAAAACCUUAAUUUACUAUAUCGAGAAAUUCCAGAAUACUUUGUGCGGUCAACGGAUAAAACAUGGUCCCGUUGCAAACAAGGAAAAGUUAUUGGUCGUGUUGUGAGAGGCCAUCCAACAGAAGGAGAAAGAUAUUGUCUUAGACUUCUUCUAAUGAAUGUAAGAGGACCAAAAUCUUAUCAAGAUCUGUGA